AUGACGUGUCGAUCUGAGCUCAGACUGGUUUCAGACUGGUUUCAUUUAUCAGGAAGUGAAACUUCCACAGACGCUGAGAGAUAUUCAUGUGAGAUCACUCUGGAUCCAAACACAGCUCACAGACACAUGUUGUUAUCUGAGGGGAACAGAAAAGUAACAUUCAUGAAACAAGAUCAGUUUUAUCCUGAUCAUCCAGAGAGAUUCACUUCAUGUGGUCAGAUUCUGAGUAAGGAGAGUCUGACUGGACGUUGUUACUGGGAGGUGAAGUGGGGAGGACCAGGAGGUAGAGUAGCAGUCGCAUACAAGGAUGUUGAUAAAACAGAGAGUGCAUUUGGAUUUAAUGAUAAAUCCUGGUCUUUAUUUUGUGAUGAAAACUUUAAUCAGUUUUGUCACAACAGCAUCAGAACUCCCAUCUCAGCUUGUGCUGGGUCCAGAGUUGGAGUGUACCUGGAUCACAGAGCAGGUGUUCUGUCUUUCUACAGAGUCUCUGAGACCAUGACUCUCCUCCACAAAGUCCAGACCUCCUUUACUCGACCACUACAUGCUGGAAUAGGUCUCUGCUUCAAUUAUGGAGACACAGCUGAGAUCUGUAAACUAAAAUAAUUUUGUUUGUUGCUGAAAGUUUCUUGUUGUGUUGUCUCCACUGCUCA